UUUAUUAUACACGAGAGUGGAGCAACGGUCUGCGUAAGCCAGUCACUGCUGCGGGAACGAACCAUCAUGGCAGCGUUAUCCGCCUCCUCCCUGCGUCCCUCGCUCCCUCCUCGCCCUUGCCCUUCGCCCAAACCCAAUAACGUGUUAUUCUCCUUCCCAGCCAUUAAUCCAUUUCCUGUUUCUACGCUGAGAUCGUCGAGUUUCCCCUCAACUUCUUCCAUAAAUAGGGAUUCCAGUUCGCGCUCCCGCCGGGUCCGUUCAAGUUCAGGUGACCCAGAAAGGGAAUUCCGUUUUCAUGCCCAGGACAACGACGGAAUUUCCACUGAGAGGGUUAGCAACCCCUCAACUAGCUUCUUGUCCGUUCUCUGCCCCUUGCUCAAGCUUUUCUCUGGAGGCGAUCCAUCUCAAGAACGGAAUUUUCUUUUGGAGGCAGCAACAUCUUCCUUAUCUACCUUGGCAAGAUUGCCAUGGGGAUCAAGGGCCCUAUCAGGCAAUUCAGAUCCAUACUUUGAAGAGAUUAAUGCAGUAGAUACUCCAAAGCUUUUGCAGCUUUUUGAAUUUGAGGCAUGCCCCUUUUGCAGGAGGGUUCGAGAGGCCAUUACUGAGCUUGAUCUUUCAGUAGAGAAAAUGAAAUUUCUAUCUCCCAUCCACAUGAUAAGCCCUGGAAUGUUACCUUACAAUCGGAUCUAUCCUUGCCCAAAAGGUUCUAUAAAACACAGGGAAAUGGUUAGAAGACUUGGUGGCAAAGAGCAGUUUCCUUUCCUUUUUGAUCCAAAUACUGGAAUGUCAAUGUAUGAAAGCAGUGAGAUCGUAAAAUACCUAUUUAAGCAAUAUGGCAAAGGAAGAAAUCCUUCAACUGGUCUUCUAGAAAGCACGCUAUUCACUGGAUGGAUGCCCACAAUUUUUCGAGCAGGAAGAGGAAUGACAUUAUGGGAAAAGGCUAGCAGGGAACUGCCAUCCAAGAAAUUGGAACUUUUCUCUUAUGAAAAUAAUCCAUAUGCUCGAAUUGUGCGUGAAGCAUUAUGUGAACUAGAGCUUCCUUACAUCCUUCAAAGUGUGGGAGAGAGAUCUCAGCGAAUGACUUUACUACUUGAGGUAUCUGGAUCAAAAGAGGUUCCGUACAUCAUUGACCCCAACACCGGCACUCAAAUGGGUGACUACAAGAAGAUUUUAUCUUAUUUAUUUCAGACAUAUUCUACUGUUACUGCUUAGUUGCAACAUCCGCCCAGAUAAUGGUCAGGCUGUUGAAGGGGCGCCAAAGAUGCCAACUGGAGGAGUGCCCCGAAUAAAGACAAAUAGCACAGGGUACCAUGCAAACUUAUGUCUCCCCGUAGGUGGUGUUAUCAUCGGAUGCUAAGGAAACCAGAUAUAUGGUAGUGACCCGUGACUGGUGUUAUCUUUCUGCCCGGCCUGCCUUCUCAUCUUCUUGUAAUGACGAAUGCGUAUUCUUUCUUGUACAGAAUAUGAUGGUAUUGGUGUGCAAUUGAUGUACAAAACAGAACUUGCAAAGGAGGCCAUGUUUCUUGUCUGCUUUUACCACCAUGCAUGAUUACUGUGGCAUUCAUUAUCGUACAAUCUUGAUGUUCACAGUAUCAUUUUGGCAUUUGUGUUUCGUUUU